UAUGUAAACUCAGAAGUAUGAAACUCUUUCUGUAAUUUCAAUCGUUCUCUCUCUUCGACGAAAUCAUCUUCAAAAUUCAGUUUUGAUGCAGCAAAUUGAAGUGCCGGAAUUGCUACAAGAAUAAGUUGUUUGAGGAGAAAUGGCAUUGAAUGGAACAGUAAAAUGUCCAGCACCAAUGAAAGCGACGUCUAAUGGAGUAUUCCAAGGAGACAAUCCUCUCGAAUUUGCGCUUCCUCUGUUGAUCGUGCAGAUAUGCCUCGUGGUCGUACUCACUCGAGUGCUCGCCUAUCUCCUCAGGCCGCUGAGACAGCCACGUGUCGUUGCUGAGAUUAUUGGUGGAAUCAUCUUAGGUCCGUCGGUUUUAGGCCGGAAUCUGAAGUAUCUCCACACCAUUUUCCCAGCAAGGAGCCUCACAGUUUUGGACACGAUUGCCAAUCUCGGCCUCCUCUUCUUUCUCUUCCUCGUUGGCCUCGAAAUCGACCCAGCAUCUCUCCGGAGGACCGGCAAAGCAGCCCUAAGCAUUGCCCUAGCUGGAAUCACUCUGCCAUUUGCUCUAGGCAUCGGCACGUCAUUUGUGUUCAGGGCCACCAUCUCCACAGGCGUAAGCCAGGCCCCGUUUCUAGUAUUCAUGGGAGUCGCCCUCUCCAUCACUGCCUUCCCAGUGCUGGCUCGCAUCCUGGCCGAGCUGAAGCUGCUAACCACCGAUGUUGGCCGUAUGGCCAUGUCUGCUGCUGCUGUCAACGACGUGGCAGCUUGGGUUUUACUUGCUUUAGCCAUCGCCUUAUCAGGCACAGGCCAUUCUCCCCUGGUCGCGCUGUGGGUGUUCAUCUGUGGUUCGGGUUUUAUAAUCAUAUGCAUAUUUAUAGCGCCCCCGAUGUUUAGAUGGAUGUCGCAACGCUGCCCUGAGGGGCAGCAGGUUGAUGAGAUAUACAUAUGUGCUACAUUGGCUGCUGUUUUGGCUGCCGGAUUUGUGACCGAUGCUAUUGGAAUCCAUGCACUUUUCGGGGCGUUUGUCCUCGGUGUUCUUGUGCCUAAACAUGGGGCCUUCACUGGUGCUCUUGUGGAAAAGGUCGAAGAUCUCGUCUCCGGGCUGUUCCUCCCUCUGUAUUUUGUGUCUAGUGGUUUGAAGACGAAUGUGGCAACCAUUCAGGGGGCUAAUUCGUGGGGCCUUCUCGUGUUGGUCAUAUUCACGGCGUGCUUGGGAAAGAUUAUUGGCACUGUUAUCGUCUCACUCUUCUGCAAGAUCCCUUUCAAAGAGGCAAUAACUCUUGGUUUCUUGAUGAACACUAAAGGUCUAGUGGAGCUGAUCGUGUUAAACAUUGGGAAGGACAGAGGUGUUUUGAAUGAUCAAACCUUUGCGAUCAUGGUGUUAAUGGCAUUGGUCACGACGUUCAUGACGACACCGAUUGUCGUGACGAUAUACAAGCCUGCUCAGAUGGCAACAUCCGAGUACAAGCGGAAGAGCAUACAGAGGAAGGAGACGGAGUCGAACUCGCAGCUUCGUCUGCUCGUCUGUUUCAACAGCACAAGAAACAUAGCGUCGUUGAUCAACCUCAUGGAGGCAUCGCGUGGCACGGCGAACCGGCAGGGGCUUCGUGUUUAUGCGAUGCAUAUGAUGGAGCUUUCAGAGAGAUCCUCCGCGAUUGUGAUGGCGCACAAGGCCAGGAACAACGGGAUGCCGUUUUGGAACCGGAACCGUCGCCAGUCUGACCCGAACCACAUUGUGGUCGCCUUUGAGGCGUUUGAGCAGCUCAGCCAGGUCUCGGUCCGGCCGGCAACAGCUAUCUCAGCCAUGUCGAGCAUGCAUGUCGACAUCUGCAACGGCGCCACCAGGAAGAAGGCGGCAAUGAUAGUGCUCCCGUUCCACAAGCACCAGCGGCUGGACGGGCGGCUCGAGACGACCCGGUCUGGUUUUAGGCAGGUGAACCAGAGGGUUCUCGAACAUGCCCCUUGCUCGGUCGCAAUUUUCAUCGACAGGGGGCUGGGUGGAACGGCUUACGUGGCCACGAGCAAUGUUGACUACACGGUCGUGUCAUUCUUUUUUGGUGGCCCUGAUGAUCGCGAGGCUCUAUCCUACGGGGCACUCAUGGCAGAGCACCCCGGGAUAAGUUUCGAUGUUGUUCGUUUCCUCAUGGACCCCUCCGUGGCCGGAGAGAGCAUCCAGGUGGACGUAGAUGACUCGCCAGAGGCUAGAUCGAAGGAUGAGGAGUUUCUUGCGGAUUUGAAGGAAAAAAUGGCGAAGAAUCGGUCUAUUAGAUUCCAAGAGGUGGUGGUGAGGAGCGCAGCAGAGACGGUGCAGGCUAUGCGCACGCACGACCGUUGCAAUCUGUUUGUGGUCGGAAGAAUGCCGGAGGGGCAACUGGCUGCGGCUCUUAAGAACAACAACGAGUGCCUUGAGCUAGGACCGGUCGGGAACUUGCUGAUUUCGUCAGAGUUUUCAACAGUUUCGUCGGUGUUGGUUGUUCAGCAGUAUCGGGCGCAGCUGACCGGAGACUCCCUUGAUUCCCUUAGGAUAGAAGAUGAAGCAGAUGAGUCGUCUGACUAAUUAAUUUUCAGUAAUUUUUAUGUGUGAAUUAUGUUUUUUUAGCAUAUAUGGCUGGUAUAGUAUUGUUGAGUUGCGAUAUCUUUGUUUAUUUAAGCUUGUUAGAGACAUAUUGCCUUAACUAUUUUAUUAGACUUUCAUUAAAAAUGAAAUUAAAAUUAGAUAGUA